CUUUUGCAAUAUGUUCUGAUUGAACAAACGAGCGUCUUCAAAAUGUCACAUGAUUCGGAACGUUUUGGGGAUUUACGUUAAAACAAAAACUACAAAUUGCAGAAGAAAACAGAACAAUUGCAUUGUGCCAGCAGAGAGUUCAUAGUUCAUCGUCUGCCAUGAAGGGUUAACAUUUUGACGCCACUGUAAACUAUAAGGUCCCAAGUAUAAAGUCCUUUGUUACUAUGAUGGAAGAAGACUGGCCAGGGCAGGUCCUACACCAGUCUGCAUUAUACGACAACAAUGAGGCGAUGACAGACUUUCUGCAGGGGACAGGGCGAAAAAACAUAAAUGCUCGGGACCGUAUGGGCCGCACACCAGUGUUCACUGCGGUCUCGAAUAGCAGCGUUAAGUGCUUAAAAGUGCUUCUUCAGAACGGAGCUGACCCAAGCAUGCCUGCUACAUCAGCGGAACUUAACCAUAUGACCCCACUGCACAAGGCGAUACAGGAGGGCCUGACGGAAGCUGUGGAGCUCUUGCUGGAGUUCGGCGCUGACCUGAACCGCGCAGACCAGUCUGGUCGCUCUGGCAUGAAGCUUGCGCAGGCCACCGGGAACCCAGAGCUGAUCCAAUUGCUGAAAAAUGAAGACGAAAGAAGAAAAAAGAAUGCAUGGGGUGUUGUUUGUGAUCUGAUAACGGCCUGUGACGAGCACAACUUGGGGCAAGUACGAGACUUACUGCGUAUUCCCCCACCUGCAGGAUGGGACAUAGUCAAUUUAGCACCAGAUGGAGAUGGAAGAACAGCCAUCACUGUCACCGCAAGAAGUGGAAAGGCGGCCAUUAUGUCAGAGCUGUUGUCUGCUGCAGCUGAAAUGAAGCAGCGUCCGUCUGCCAUGCAUCUGGCUGUGCAGUGGGGAAACGUGGAAUGUGCACGAGUUAUCCUGCAGCAUUACCCAGAGUGCGUCCAAAUCUCUGAUGACUGCAACGAUACACCCCUUCACAUUGCCUGCAAGACUGGUUGCCUGGAAAUGGUCCGUUUGCUACUGGGAUGGGACUAUCCGGAUAACUUAAACCAGACAGUGGUCGACCGCUCAAAGGAUGUUGAGUACAAAAUUGCCAUUCCAUUGAACAGUACUAAUUCUGACAAUAAAUCACCUUUGUUUUUGGCCUGUGAGGCUGAUCAGGCUAAAAUUGUAAAAUACCUACUGGAUUUCACUGUGAGUGCACGCAAGAUUAAAUCGUCCAAUCAGAGCCAAGGCGAUGGUCCUGCUAUGAAAAGUGUUGAUUCCAAUCAGGAUGGUUCAGAUGUGGGCGAGUUUGAUUAUCAUCCCAUUAAUGUUCAAAACGAUGAAAUUGUGCCAGUUAAAUCAAUUUUAAUGGAUUCAGCGCCACCAGAUUUGUAUCAAAGGCAAAUCGGUGAAAGAGUUUCAUCGGGUGAGACUAAUGCAGUAAUAUACAAGAGGGUGAAUCCGGGUGAUUAUUCAAGAUUUUGUGUUUAUGUUGCUGUGAAAAAUAGAUAUCUGGAGGUAGUUGAUGCGUUAGUGAAAGCAAAUGCUGCUACAAAUUUGGUUGGACUGGAAAAUGAUGAAAAGUACUCCGUUCUGCUGAAACUGGCAUUUGAUAACAAUGACCUGUUAAUGCUCAACAAAUUGCUUCAUUAUGGAGUCCCAGAUGUUAAUAAUUUUGUUUUAAAAGAAGCUGUUAAGUCGAAACCGAAUUAUGUGGGCCAUUUUUUGAAGUACAAAGCCAGCGAAGAUAAGCAAAACAAUAUAAAUAAGGCGUUGAUGCGAAAGUCUUUCAUGGAUUGGUCAUUGCAAAAUGGAGGAUCCAAUAAUUUUGCAUCAAGUUUGGAAUUUGACAACGCUGUUCCAAAAAAGCCUGUGCACGCUCGAUGGAAAGAACUUCGAGUUUUAAUGACAAUUGAAGAGAAAUGGCUUUCGAUGGCGAUCAAUUUUGUAAACGCUCAACAUGGUGAGUUCAGACUCAACCGCUUUGCAAUUACAAGACUAGAUGUUUCAGUCAAUUAUUUAACGACUGUUCCUAGCUGUGUGUUGCAGCUGCCUUCGUUAGUGACACUUUGCCUGUCGGACAAUGCCAUCACGUCAUUCCCAUCAGAAAAAGACUUUGGUGUGGCUUCUGACAGCCUCGAAGAAAUCCUUUUGCAAAAAAAUAAACUGACAAAACUUCCGGAAUAUUUGUUCAGACUUCCAAAACUUAAGACCUUGAAUGCUAGCAGCAAUGCCAUAGAAACGCUUCCAUACAAUUUAUGGGAAGCAAACUCGCUUAAGUGGCUUGACCUCAGUUAUAAUCAAAUUAAAAAGCUACCGUUGCCGAGGGUGUCGGCUGAACGUAAUUCAGAGCAUGUGGAAGGGGAUAUGGAGGAAUAUGGUAUGUUUGAUCGAUCUUUGUCGUCCGACCAAUCCAUUUCUUUGGAAGACAAUCACGUGAUCAUACACAGCAUUAAACGAGCCAAUCAUUGGAUGGACAAAUUGGUGGUCAGCGACGACGACGUGAAAAACUCGCAGACCUUGGGUCUCAUGGUCCUGAAAUUAAACUACAAUUGCAUCGAAGUGUUCCCUGAUUUUCUCUCUUGCUGCUGCCUGCAUCUGGACACAUUGGAAAUGAAGAAGAACAAGCUGACUCGCCUGGGAAACCUUUCUGCUUAUCCCCGGUCACUGAAGAACUUGGAUUUCAGCGACAAUCGCAUCGAAAGCAUGGCCGACUGGCAGGAAAAGGAUGAGAGAAAGAAGUGCUACUCAAGGGAGAGAAUAGUACAGGUAACCAAGUCUGGUAAUUUUGUGAAUCCAAAUCCAUACCCUGGGUGCUGCAGGCAUAGAGGGAAUGUGCGGCUGGAAAAUCUCGAGAACCUGGACCUCUCAAACAACCGAAUUAAGUCUCUGAUCGUUCUGCGGUCAAGUCUGAAAGAGAUGAUUUUGAGCAAGUCGAUUCAUGACAAGGAGCAGAAGGAGGAGGAGUUACAGCGGCUUGUGUUGCUGCCCUCGAUGAGCAUUCUCAACCUCAACGCAAACGACUUACAUAGCCUCCCGGACGAGAUCAAGGAACUGAAGUGCCUCCGAUCCCUGUAUCUCAACCAGAACUACCAUCUCAUAGCGCUUCCCCCUGCCUUGGGCCUCUUGGACCGACUCCACUGUCUUGAGGUACAGAGUUGCCCCUUAGAGGGCCCCAUACAGGACGUGAUCAGGACCAGCCAAAGCAAGGCCAGUGAUGUCACUGGUUUCCUGCGCUCCAUUCAUGAAGAAGCAGUAGAGUACAACUGUAUGAACCUGAUGUUGGUUGGGUCAUACGACAUCGGGAAGACGUCACUGCUGGGCCAUCUCAUGAAGAAAGGACGCAUCACAAAUCCUUACACAGUUUACAGCCAACGAGAGGAAGGCGGGCUGACUUAUUCUGAUCAGAAGGGAAAGCCUCUGUCAACGGUGGGUAUCGACAUCUGCCAGCUAGAGAUUGAGGGAAACCAAGGAAAGGUCGUUUUCCGCACGUGGGAUUUUGCUGGGCAGAAAGAGUACUACGCAACCCAUCAGUAUUUUCUGAGUCCCCGUUCCCUGUACCUGGUGCUCUGGAACCUCAAGCAGGGGGAACAGGGCAUAGAGGAUCUCAAGCAGUGGCUCGUCAACAUACAGGCGCAAGCCCAGGGGUCAGCUGUCAUGAUUGUGGGCACCCACUUGGACGAGAUUCAGAAAAACAGGGGCCUGUACACGAAAACCUGGGAGAAAGAAAUGGAGCAAAAGAUCAGAGACAAGUAUUGCCGCCAAGAUAACGAGAACAACGGUCUUCCAAACGUUAUUGACAUUUUCAGCGUGGCCGCUGGAAAGAGUCCCAAGUAUAUCGAGGAGUUGAAGAACAGGAUCUACAGUCACGUGUUUCAGCUGAGGCAUCCAGCUCGAAAGACCGAGAAGCUGCUGGGUCACAAGGUACCAAAAAAAUACCUGAAUUUACAGAAAUGCAUAGAGAUCAUUGCAAACAGCCGCCUCAAGGAGCAGAAGGACCCCAUUCUGGACAACAAUCACUACAUGUUACUUGUCAUGGAUGAGAUGCAGAAACUGGACCCAGAUGUGACCUUCAGGAACAAGAACGAUGUGGAUCAGGCAACUAGAUUCCUCCAUGAAAAUGGUGUGAUACUCCAUUUUGAGGACAUUGCCCUGCGGGACUGGUACUUCAUACAGCCUCAGUGGCUGUGCGACAAACUGGCCAAGGUGGUCAGCCAUAAGCUGCAGGGAUAUCGCAAUGAAGGAGUUAUGAAGAAGACUGUUUUGGAGGAUAUCUACAAGGAGUCGCGGAAUAUGUCGCUGGUGAUAGACAGCUUGCUGAACAAAUUUGAAGUAGCACUCGCCAUUGACAACGAUCAAAUAUUGUUGCCCUCACUGCUGCCUACACACAAGGAUAUAACAGAUCCUGGCAAAAUGCCAAAGAUCCCUUUACGCACAAGGACAAUAUCAAAUGGUUCUGGACCAGUGGGCACACAUAUGGAACCAGAAUUUCCACAUGGUUCAAUUCAUCGUGGUGAAAUGGUCAUGAAUAGUGUCAGGCCCUUCCUGAAUCCAAUUUUUUCCAACACUCGCCUGUAUCUUCUGACCUACUUUCCAAGCGGGUUCUGGCCGCGGCUAAUCACAAAAGUGUUGUCAGAUGAAUCAUUCUCAGAACAUGCCGCAAGUUUGUUUUUCAUACCAAAAGAGCUCAAACUGCGAUGCCCCGAUUUGCAAAAGGCGAAACCCUCCUGGAGAUGUUGGCAGACUGGUUUUGAACUUGAGUACCUGAAUAACACCAUCAUGCAGGUGAAAGAGGUGCAUUGUGGGGACACAGUCUACGGAAGAGGACUAUGCAAUUAUGCCGACGAACAUUUAUCCAUUCGGUGUCAUUUCGACAAUGAGUGGCGCCAACUCGACAUCAAAGACAGCGUCAUUCUCGAAAUUUCCUUUCGGGUCGACAAGCUGACGGCAAACUUCAGUCUAAACAUUCAGAAUUCCGUUCAACCCUUGAUGCCUUUCAUAGAACAGAUUGACUUCUUUCAUGACGAAAGAGCAAAGACAGGGAUACUUGCCAAAGUAGUCGAGCAUAUUGAUAAUUUAUUGCAAGACUGGUUUCCCGAAAUUGGGGAAUCCCGAUUCAACCAGACGUGCCUCGGAAGAUAUCUUGUGACUCGGGUAAUUCCUUGCCCGUUAUGCCUUCAAAAGGAGGUCUCUGUCCAAUCUGGGGCGCAAAAUUCUUGGGACCUUAUCAGUAAUUCUGUGGAUGACACAUCCCUGUCUGUCUCGGUAUCGGACGUCAAUCCGGAAAUGACCGACAGUCCAAAGAAUGCCACUGCCAAAACUCGGGUGAUGUGUACCUUCCUGGUUGAGCGAUGCAUAAAGAAUGUAUUCGAUGGUUUGGACGAGAUUUGUGACAUCCAUAAUGCGGUCUCCCCAAUGAUGAUGACAGACAAAGACGGCAUCCACCGGCAGUUUUACAUUGCUCCAGAUUUCGUGUUCCACGACCUUGACCUGUCCAUGCUGGUUGAGGAUGAAGUCAUCCACAUGACCGAGCAGCUGGGUCAUGGGGCGUUUGGCACUGUGUAUGCGGGGGUCCUCAAGAGGGAUGAGCACAAUCAGUGUAGUGUAGCCGUCAAAGUGUUGUAUGACCCGCAGGCACAAGACAAGAGAAAGGGUCAGCUGAUGCCUCAAAUCUGCCUAGAAACAGUGUGCGCGGCAUACACAAACGCCCGCCAGGAGGUUAGCAUCCUUCAGACCGUGGAGCACCCCCACAUCGUGCCCCUGCUGGGUCUCGCGCGGCGCCCACUGGCCCUGCUCCUCUCCCUGGCCCCUCUGGGCUCCCUUACCAAGAUCCUCAGGACUCAGCUCAGAGAUGGACUGCUGCUGCCUGUGUGGGUGGUCAGGCAGGUUGCUCUGCAGGUGAUCGAUGCAUUGGACUACCUUCACAACCGAAAAAUCGUGUACAGAGAUUUGAAAUCUGACAACGUUCUGGUCUGGCACUUCCCUGCACCAAAUAACCUUGACCCGACUGCGGCGGUCCUUGUAAAAUUAGCGGAUUAUGGGAUCAGCAAAUCUGUAUUUCCGGGAGGCGAGGCAAAGGGUUUUGCUGGAACUCCACCGUUUAUUGCCCCUGAAAUAAUCGUGCACACUGGACGGGAUACAUAUACAGAAAAGGUGGACAUUUUCUCAUUCGGCAUGUUCCUGUUUGAACUUUUGACGUGUAGACAGCCCUUGGAGGAGAUACACAACAUCAGCAUGCACGUCCUGAGUGGCGGUAGGCCCACACUCACCACUGAGGAGGCCAUCUUUCCAUCACACAUGCUCGACUUGAUGACGAUCUGCUGGGACCACAACCCCAGCAACCGUCCGUCUGCAGACCAGGUGAGGGACAUGGCUGCCACACCCCAGUUCUGUCACCUUGCAGACGUGGUCACCAUGGAGACUGAAUGCGCAGUGCUGUCAGCAUGCUCAACCUUCGUGGACAUGUCAUCAUCAUACAGCACUGAGGAGACUGGGGUGGAGAGCCAGGUGUGGGUGUUGUCCCUGCUCAACCAUGAUCCCAACACGCACCGUAUGGACAUCCUGUCCUACAACACGAACAACAAGUGCAUUCGACACCAGGAGGUGAUUCACGACUUGAAGCUUUUGGCGCUCUGCUCUGUUGGCGAGAACGUCUGGUGUCUCGAUUUUCAUGGCGGGCUGCAUAAAUACAGCUCUAUAACCUUCCAAAAAUCAGAAUGUGAACAACUGCCUAUUAGUCAACUAGUUUAUGUCCGCACAAUGACCUACUUUCAUCAGUGUGGCGAUCGGGUUGUGAUACUGGCACAGAACAACACGCACCAGAUGACACUGGUGCUUCUGUCUCUUGAAGAUGGGAAAUUACGGAAGACCGAAAGCAUACCGAUGGUCAGGAGUGCUUCCUGUGCGGCCAUCGUCCAAUCAAAAAACAGUCAUCAGAUAUGGGUGGGGGUUAACAAAGGCCGGACGAUGGUCCUGGAGGGAGAUAACCCCUGCUCCGCGGAGUUGUCCACAUACCUGCAGCCCACCAAUACAAGCUGUGGGGAGAACGUACACUGUUUGCUCAUAGCCACGCCCCAGCACAGCCCCUCCCUGCUGGGGUUUGCAUGGACCUACAACUACCCAGGUAACAAGGUAUAUAUGUGGAACACAGACACCACCGAAAAGAUUUUGGAGCUAGAUUGCUCCCUCUGUAUUCCAAAACUCGAGUCAGCAUUCACGCACAGGUUAAAUGUUGCGCAUGCCCAGGUGCUGUCCCUCCUCGUGUACCAGACGUUUCUCUACGUGAGCACAACAUGGGGGUGCAUUCUGGUAGCAGAUGCCGCGAACAUGAAGUUGUUAUCGAUAUUUCGUUGUCAUGGAAACGAAAGGUGCCAGAACAUUCUGCCGAUUGGUCCAUUCUGCAACCCGUGCAGAAUGACUCAAAGUGCUGAUAACAAUGCCAGCGAUUUUGCUUCAGGGGUUGUCACGAUUGGUCAGGGAUACUUUGACAUGAUCAAACGUGUCAUGCAGAAAGGACAAAAAAUAGAGGAAACUGACGGCCUUGUCGAAAAUAAUUCAAUUUUGCCCGAACGUUUUAACACAUAUGUUCUGUCCUGGAAUGCCAAUCACUGGAAAUUUUAUUAAGUUAUCAUCAUGAAAUGUUUAUUGCCAUUGUAUUUUUUUAAGUUGCCUAAGGUGGCCAGAACAUUCCAGGUUGUCUUUCUGACCCUUUUUUAUUCAAUGUCAUGGUACAUCUUUACCCAUUAUUGGAACUGGCAUUUGCGCAAAUAUGCUCAACUUUUUUAUCAGUCUGUGGUAGAUAAGGGAGAAAUACUGUGUAUUCAUAAGCAAUUAAUUAGAAUUUUUCAAUGUGCUCAUGAAUGCAAAUUUGUGAUUAUUAUUGUGCAAUUUUCGGAUUACAAAAUUGUCUAGUGUUUUCAAGUUUUUGAAGGACAAAAUGACAAUAAGUAAGGAUGCAACAUGUUGCAAAAAAACUGCUUAACCUAUUAAUGUAACCAGUUAUUAACCGGUUAACUGAACAACCUUAUCAUGUGUAAGUAUGCUUUAAAAAGGAAUGUUUCAAAGUAUUAUGAUCUCAGAUACCGCAAGUCACUAAUGUGUUUUUAUCAUACUGUUCCUUACUGCGCAACUUGGAAAACUUACAUAAAUACUACUGUUAAUGAUUUUAUUUUUUAAAUAAAUGUUUGAUUGUUUGUUUUAAAAUUUAAUUAUAUUAAUAAUGUGUUAUCUUUAUUGAAAUUUGCAGGUAGGUGGCAAUUUUGAUGACGCAUAUUACUACUACUAAAAAGUUCUGAUAGAGCAAACACGACAUUAACUUGUCAAGAUUUUAACAACUAAUUAUAAUCUUGAUACAAUUGUUAGUCCCCUAACGGUGAAACUGGAGAGGGGCUUAUGGUUUGCGCUCUGUGUGUCCGUCAGUCUCUCACACUUUUCUGGAUCCUGCGAUAACUAUAAAAGUUCUUCAUAUUUUUUUCAUGAAACUUGAAACAUGGACAGUUGGCAAUAUGGAGAUUAUGCACGUCAUUUCAUUGUGUUCCUACAUCAAGAAAUCUGGUUGCUAUGGCAACAAAUAGACUAGAAAUAUUUCUGAAAAUGGUGGAUCCUGAGUAGGUAAGGGACUUUUAUUGCUUGGAAAUAGUCUUGUUAUUUCUAAAUACUUCAUUUUUGCAUGCAAUCUGUGUUGGAUAUUGGGUAACAAAACAUCAACAUAAGCCAACAAAAGUCUGAACUAAUUCAUUUUUAUAGCGAGUUAAAUAAAUGUGUCAAUAACCUCUACGCUAGGAGCCCAAACUCCCAACAGUUUUUAAUUUAAAUUUUCAGGAUUAAAACAAAAACAAUAAUGCCAAUUAUCAAAACCUACCCCAUGUUUGUUUUAGCAAAAGUACUGCUUUAUUGCUUUAAUACAGUGUCAUAAUGUCCCUUUGUGGUGCAUGUUAUUCAUAGUAGUCAACAGUGUAAGUAGGCAGUAUGUCACGCACAAGUAUUAGAAUCGUAAAAAGAUCGUUAUUCCAAAAAAUUUCUGGUAAACUUUUAGAAAAAUGCCUAACAGAUUGUUUCAGUUGUUUAAUCGGUUAACAUGGUGCAUCCAUUGCAAUAAGUAUUACUGUGUCCCACUCAAAUGACACAUGUCUGGUGAUUUUAUGUCAACAGCUGGUUUUGGUCUAAGUCAACAUUAUGCUUUAUAUAUGAAGGUGAAGUGUGUUUAAUUCAGUUGCGUGAAACCGGGUUGUAUUAAAAAAAAUACUUAAAAAGAUACAUAAGAUAACUUUAUUCUUUGUUUUAAACAUUAAAUCAUUCAAACUAAACUCUCAAAUGUGACAAGAAUUCGAAUUGGUAAGAACGGGUAUUUGCAAUUGACACUCAGUCAAGUUUUAGUUUAUCUUUGAACAUGGGCCUGUUGUCUCAAACAGUCUUAAGUGUGAUCUAACUGGACUGCAUUACCUAAUGCGCUUUAUUUUUAUAGUGCAAUAGAUAAAUAUUGCUUUUUAUGCAAAUUUUUAUGUAAGGAAUAAAUGAAAAUUGAUUGUCAGAUGAUGACAAUAAUUGAUAAUUUCUGUUUAAAAAUUAAUCUUGAAAUGAUAGUGUUCAACUAAUGAUUUAAUAUACUGAAGUUGAGUACGGAAAAAAAAUAUUGAGAAAUCAGGUCUUAAUAUCUUGAGCAGUGACGGUAAAAGUAAUUACAUAGUUGUGCAUAUAUCUCAGGAAAUAUUAUCAGUGCAAUUUUUAAAUGCUCUUGUCUUCUAGCGUGUUAGAAACUUGAAAGAUUUUGCACCGAAGGUUUUAGCAGUUUUAUCUUAUAGUGAACCUGUCUGUUUGAUUCAGGAAAUACAACGGAUCUCAUUUCUAAAUUGUUAAUACUUAUUUUGGAUACAAAAUAUAUUUUGCUUACUGCAUAAAUGAGAUAUAUAACCCUUUGGUUAAUUUGGGGUAAACAUUGGGCUUAGUGCAGUUCUUGUAAUGCCCCCUUUACAUCGAGUCAACCUGGAUUCAAUCCCCACCUCACAUGUUGCACGUGACUUAAAUUUGUGAUUGCCAUACUGGGCAGGUGGAGUUUCCCAUGAGUACUUAGGUCAACAGCAGAACACAACACCAAAAUUGAAUAUACAUGUACUGCAGUAAAAACUAAUCAGAUAAAAUUACAUUUCGAAUUCGAAAUUCGUCCCAACGUUUGGUGAGUCUGGUGAGGUUGUAAGGACAUGCUCUAGGUCCAAACAUUGUGGACAGACCUCAUAAUCUUCUCAACACUAAUACAGGCAUAGACUUGUCUGGUAAUGACCUAUUGAUUAAUGUAGCUUGUUGGUUGUAGUUUUUAUAUUGGUCAGAUGUAUUCUGCUUAUUUUUUUAUUAUUUGUAUUUGUAUUAUUAUGAAAAUUUAAUGAUUGUUUGGGGGUUGUAUCACACAGAUUGUUUACUUUUUUAACCAAUUGAUAAGACAUUUUCAGUAUUAUAUUUGGUUUUGUGUGUGAUUUUUGUAUCCUUGUCCUUUGCAAAUCUUGAACCGUUGUCCAUUGUAAAUAAGUAAUUAUUUGUUUACAUUAUGUGUGAUUGGUUUAUGUUUGAGAAAUAAACCCAUUGGUUUAUGUUUGAGAAAUAAACCCAGGAGACCCAAUAAACCCUUCCCUGGGUAGGAGAUCAAAUACUUCUGUUCAGUAUAACUCGUUGAAAUUUUGUCUCAUCCUACUGCUGAUUUCGACCUGAUAGAACGGUGCCGAAUAUAAAUGUUGAUAUCAGGUCAGUAGGUGCUAAUGUUAAUCAAUGUUUUGACAUUAUCAUAUAUUCUCAGACUCAACUAUAAAGUCAUCCUUUUCGAUAGAAAUGUAUCAGAUUAAAUGAAGUAAACAAUUUGAUACUUUAACAGCAUGUGCUGAAGACAAAAUGGUUAACCACUCAAAUGUCAUCAAAAUGUUUCCCGCUGAAAAUGCAUAGCUGCAACGAUUUUUUAAAAAUAAUUAUUAAUGGGAUUAUAAGGGUUGGAUAAUCAGAAGGAAAAGUUACUGUCCUAUCGUUUUGUAUUACAUUAGACUUCACACGUUAUCUUAUUCUAAGCCUUACCUGAUAUAUAACAAAAUAAAAAGGCAGUAACCUG